AUGAACUUCUCUGGCACCAAUGCUCGGAUCAUAAUGCUGGGUCUGGACGCUGCUGGAAAGACCACAAUUCUAUACAAGCUGAAGUUGAAUGAGGCAGUGUGUACAAUCCCCACUAUUGGGUUCAAUGUUGAGACUGUUCAACCCAUUCGUAAUGUGACCUUCACUGUUUGGGAUGUAGGAGGUCAGGACAGGAUUAGAAUGCUGUGGAAGCAUUAUUUUCAAAACACAGAUGGCCUUGUUUUUGUGGUGGAUAGCGCUGACCCUGAGCGCUUCAAAGAGGCCCGGUCAGAACUAGAAUCCAUCUUGGAAGCUAAUGAAAUGAAAGGAGUACCCUUCUUAGUUCUGGCUAAUAAGCAGGAUGUUUUUGGUGCCAGGAAACCAGGUGAACUGGUGGAGGAGUUGGAGCUGAGAAGCGUAAAAGGACACCAAUGGCAUAUCCAAGGAUGCUGUGCCACAACUGGUGAUGGGCUUGUGGAGGGUCUGGAGAUCCUCACCAACUUUGUGAAAGAGUUCAAGAAAAAAAAGCCAUACUGA